UACGUUAUCCAGUGUUAUCCGUUAGCAUUCCCAACCAGACGUCUCUCUUGUAACAACCUAGCUUCUAGCCUGUUUGUGUUUAUCAGUACGUUAAAUGUUUUCAUAUUCGAUCACGUUAGCUGUAGAUAGAAAGUUGGUGUUAUAAAUAGCUAGCCAGAUCGUGCAUGAAGGUGUGAUUUUAAACAUCUAACGCUAACGUUAAGUGAAUAAGCCAAUGCCAGGUAGCAACGUUAACUUUCACUUGAAAUGAAAUGAAACUAUCAUUAGAUAACGUUAGUGUAACGUGCCCGUUAACGUUCGCGUUAGAUGGAUCCCAUGGUCAUUAGAUAUGACUGUGGUAAAGGCUGCAAGUUAUCGGGUUUCUGAACAAAGGUAAGAGCUGAAUCUUCACCUAGGACAAGCAACAAGUGGACUACAGCAUGGCCCGGAAAAACAUCCCUAAAGAUACGUCUGGUGUCGUUUUUGACACUCAUUCCAAAAUGGUGAUGUCCCAGGGAGGAACAUUUGAUCGGAUGAAGGAGAAGAUAAACGCUGUGCGUGCGGUGGUCCCCAACAAGAGCAACAACGAGAUUGCCCUGGUGCUGCAGCACUUUGAGAACUGCGUGGACCGCGCUGUGCACGCGUUUGUGGAAGGAAGUGCUGUGGAGAUCCUGAAGGAAUGGAAUGUCACUGGGAAAAAAAAGCCCAAAAAAAAGAAGAAGCCUAAACCCCAGGUCAAGGAGGCAGACCCCGAGCCUGAGCCCACCCCAUCUGAGUCCACCCUGCUUCCCGAGGUGCCCGACGCGCACAACGGUUUCCAUGCCAACGGUUCGCUGGCCGCUGAGGGUGAGUCUCUGGACUCCCUGAGCGAGCAGCUAGACUCUGUGUCACUGGACGCCGAGCUGGAUUCCGAGCCCGCCACGCCAGACCUGCCCGACCUCACAGCACCUGAAGCAGAGCAACAUUCUUUAAGCCCUGGACUCCAUCAACAUGGUUCCCGUAGCAACAAGUCGCGUCCCAGACCUGGUUCCAGCUCCAGCUCCUCUCACCCAAAUGACCACACAGGUGCAUCUGGUGCCAAAAAAAUUGCUUCCAAUAUCGACCGCUCGGUGAAGGACCUGCAGAGGUGCACGGCGUCUCUGACGCGCUACCGCGUACUGGUGAAGGAUGAGAUGGACACCUCCAUCAAGCGCAUGAAGCAGACGUUUGCGGAGCUUCAGAGCUGUCUAAUGGACAGAGAGGUGGCACUGUUGGGUGAGAUGGAUAAAGUGAAAGCUGAAGCCAUGGCUAUUCUGGAUGGCAGGCAGAAGCGAGCAGAAGAACUCCGACGCUUGACCGAUAAGUCAGCCUCCAUGUCUGAAGACCAGCUGAGUGAACUUCGCGCAGACAUAAAGCACUUUGUUAGCGAGCGCAAGUAUGACGAGGAUUUGGGGAAAGCUGUGAAGUUCACCUACGAACUGGAGCCCCUCAAGGCCAACAUCACGUCUUUUGGAGAUGUGUACCACCCUCAGACGGGCUAUUCCAGCCGCUCUCGCUGUAGCUCCUCCUCCUCCUCCCUGAUUGGCCCAGCAGUGUCGGCUCCGUCAGCAGCUUCUGCUAGCGCCCCCCAGACCCAGGCUCCGCCCCCCGGAGGUCGCCCCAACCAGCCGCACAGACAGGUUUACCAGGGUAACAGGCGCGGAGGUCAGCGGUUUAAUGGCUCCUACCACGACAGGAACCCUGGGCGUGGUGGCUAUCGUUACCAAGGAGAUCGGUACCAGGGUGAACGCUACCAUGGCGACCGCCAUCACGGCGACGGCACUAACUCUGCCCACAGCCGGGGCCCGGCCUACUCUUCCUCUUACAGUCGUCACGAUGGUCCAGCUCAUCCAACUCAUCCAGCUCUUCCAGCUCAUCCAGCUCAUCCAGCUCAUAACGGCCUUCCUCAGAGGCCCCCCCGAACCCACUGCCCCUGACACACGCACACCGUGCACGGUCAUAGCACAUAGCCUCCCGCCUCGCCCUCCCACCACCCCCAAGCCUGGCCAUCUUGUACACUCUCACACACACACACACACACACACACACACCAGUGGCACACAGCGUUAAAACUAGCUGAAGUCCUCAGAGCAGCUGAGCAGUACAGCCGGCGCACAUUAGAGAAGGACCAGGCCACUGGAAUGUGUCAUGACUGGCCAGUCGGGUCUCCACAGUCCCCCUCCCACCCACCCCCACCCCUCUCCCCUCUCCCCUUCACCACUCGUUGCCCUAUUUGCCCUAUUUGCCCACGCCUACAUCCCCUUGUCCAUGAAGAAUCAAACUCAAGUUUACAUGUUCUCUGCUGAGCUCCAGCGCCACCUGUGCAAGCUCCCCUGCCCUGUUUCUCUCGGGCCACUCAUGAAGGAAUGUGGACGUUCUCUCUUCCUCCUUCACUCUCUCUCCAUCCCUCCUUAUCUCCCCGUUACCCAGGCGCUUUGUGGACGUUCUCUCUUCCUCCUUCACUCUCUCUCCAUCCCUCCUUAUCUCCCCGUUACCCAGGCGCUUUCCAAAUGCCUCCUUUUUUUGUUUUAAACUUUUACAUUUUUUUGGUGUCGUUCGCACACCUAUACGUUCAUUCCAGAGACUAUUAGCAAACCAUCUAGUCUAAAUUUGUAUUUGUGUUAGUGCACUAUGUAAGGGCAUCAACAAUAUGUGUAAGCUUUAAUUUGAGAAUUUGUUUUUGUUUUUAAAAAAUCUGUUUAAUUUGUGUUCUAUAUUCCUCUUGAUUUCUGAUUUCUUGACUGUUUUAGUUAGUUUUUUGAAGUCGUUGAUCUGGUUUUCUGAUCUGGGCUGUGUAGAACUGGAGCCCAAGUUCUGCCGUUGUGGCUGGGAUGGGCUAACAGGCUGAGCUGCCAAACCCUCUUCCUGGCUCAGAUGCUCUCACACAGCUAAGAUCCCUCCUCUUCCUCCUCCUCCUCCUCCUCCUCUUCCUCCUCCUCUGCCACGUGGAUCCACAAGGGCCGCUCGUGUGUGUGUGUGUGUGUGUGUGUGUUCUCUCUUCUUACACCGUCCAGCUGUCUGUGCAGAUGUGCGUGGCUGCACAAACAAAAUCAUCUGACUUCUUACCGUGUGUGUAUAUGCGUGUUUGUCUGUGUGCCUGCAUGAAUGUAGAGAGCUAGAGAUCAGAUUGGCGUUUCUCAGAUGUGUUCACUUUCCCGCUGGUCUUCAUUGUGGAGGUGUAGCCACACCCGCACUGUGAGUCCACAUGCAUGUAGAACUGAAAGGAUCUAUUGCUGUUCCAAACUCUGGAUAUGUGCAACAUGCGUCACAGAGCAUGGAGUGAGCACUCUGUGUGUACGUAUGCAGUCCGUUCCGAGCAAGCCUCACAUCUACCCACACACAGGUUGACAUUCUUCCUCGAUAUAGCCCCCUUUGGUUCUCAGCCUCCACCUCUCCUCCACGUUUUUUCUGUGUGUGUGUGUGUGUGCAUGUUCUGAAGAGGUACUGAAGAGAAUCCUCCACAUUAAUGUACAUCUUUAAUGUCUGAACAAACUCUAGGCCAUAUACCUCAUUGUAGCCACCUUGCUGCGGCAGUUGCCCCCAACCGCUGCCCAACCUGGGGAGAGUCAAAUUCCAUGGGGGCAUUUGAGCCUCCAUCACCUCCAGCCAUGAGACAACCCCCCCAAAGGCAGUGAGUCAGUGCUAUCUCCUCAAUCGUCUGGAUCUCAGUGAAGAGAGCCUGUCACUUCAAACACUAACAUGCCGUUUACGCCUGUGCAGAAUUCACUACAUGCCGACAUGGCUUCUGAAAACAACCCUGAACCCCUAAACUGUGCUCUUCAGUUCAAAUGCUUUCAAUUCCUUUUCUUAUGGACGACCAUAGUUUUUCUUUCCCUUUAGAUUCCACCCACACCCCAGUAUUUCCUAAAAGCAGUGAGAACCAUGUUUCUCAUCCCCACUGGUGCAGGAUAGGCGUGGGCUAGUGCUAACGGUCAGCGUUAGGUGUAGGAUGGUGGAUUUGACCCGAUGAAGAAUUUGGCCCACACGUUUCUUAAAAGUAAUGAGGGCUUUCAGUGAAGUGACUUAACUGGAGCUGCUUCCCACAGGGCUCUGUGUCCAGCUGUUUGUGCAGGGCUCGUUUAGCGGUCAGUCAUAACUUGGACUCACUCAUGCCUCGGCCCACAUUUGCACUGCCAAUGUAGCCUUACACCCCACCCCAUCCUCCACAGACAUGUUCAGCAGAGCAGCCUUCUCUCACAAGGUUCGAGACUGAUUUUCAGCUUGCCUGUUUUUUUUUUUUCUCCCUCUCAAAUUCUUCAGUGUUUUUGUCUGUUUUUGUCCUGUUUUUGGACAUUUAUCCUCUUUCUGUAAAGGUGUUCACCAAAGAGACUGUUCUUUUUCAUUUGUACUGCCUUUUUGAAGCUUUUAGUUCUAGUCUUUUUAAACAGUUGUCCUCUGACCGGGGGAAAACCCGAAUGAACAACAGGUUAAUGAUAUUUACUGCUCACUGCUCUCAUCUUCUCUCGUCUCCUGAAGUGUGUACAUAUGUAACUGUACGUUUGUUUGGCUGCCCCCUGGUGGCUAAUUUAUGUAUGAAGCUGUGUCAUCAGGCCCAUUGAACUCUGGACCUUACAGAAGUAGUUUAGAUCAACUCUUUCCUCUGUUCAGAUCAUCUUUUUUUUUUUUCCUGAGACAACUGUAAACUCAAGUGCCUUCUUGUCCCCUACUUUUCACCCACCCUGUCCCAUUUCCACCAAGUAUGGACCAAAGACAUAAGCCCAUCCCCAACGCCUCUACCUGACCACACCCUUACCUGGUGCCUCCUUCACCUUCAUUGGCUCCAGAUAAUCAGCACUUGGACCCCCCCCUGUCCAUGCCACCUCUGACUGGCACACUUCUCAUUUACUAUAAAAUAAAACUUGUUAGCAAAUGCA